UUCAGGUGCAAUAUUUCAGUUUCAUGUGUAACAUUUUAAUGUCAUCUCCAAUAUGUUGUUAUUGUGUGUGAUAUAACUUUACUCCCUCUGAAUCAUUGCCGGCAUUGCUUAUUACUUUUGCUGUUCUCGUUUUAGCUUACUUAUUUCUAUUAUCACUUGUGUAUUGUACCUAAAUCCUAUUGCUUUUCUUAUAUUAUGUAAUUUUAAAAGAAUUUCGUUACACGUUUCAGUUAAUUUUAUGUUCAUGUAGUUCCACAACUGGCCUGUGGGGGCAGCAACCCGCCUCCACUGCACCCAGUCUGCCAAAAAUCCCAUCAGAAGAAGACAAAGAGACGAGCUUCCUGUCUCCGAGCUGCCGCCGGACCAGUUUGGCGUUGUUGGAGAAUAAGAGUCAGACUGUAACUUACAUCCUCAGAAACAGGCAGAACCCAAAGCGUGUGAGCCAGUCCGGGAACACGACGGCAAAACAGCGCGGAGCAACUCGUUAAACUUGGUUCACGCAACAGAUUAGUUUUCCAGGUUGCUUCUGAAGCCACUGCUAUGGCCAAGGUUCAAGUGUUAAAUGUCGCUGUUCUGGAUAACCCGAGCCCGUUUGGAAACCCGUUUCAGUUUGAAAUAACUUUUGAAUGCAUGGAGGACUUGCCUGAAGAUCUAGAAUGGAAGAUCAUCUACGUGGGUUCAGCUGAGAGCGAGGAAUACGACCAAGUUCUAGACUCCGUUUUAGUUGGCCCGGUACCAGCUGGCAGGCACAUGUUUGUGUUUCAGGCCGAUGCUCCUAACACAGGGCUAAUUCCAGAGAGUGAUGCGGUUGGAGUGACAGUCGUCCUUAUAACCUGCACCUACCGUGGACAGGAAUUCAUCCGCAUCGGUUACUACGUCAACAAUGAAUACACAGACCCCGAAUUACGAGAAAACCCACCUCUCAAACCAGACUACACUCAGCUCCAGAGGAAUAUUUUGGCCUCCAACCCCCGUGUCACCCGCUUCCACAUCAACUGGGAGGGCUUAGCAGACAAGAUGGAAGACAGUGAGAAUGUCGACCCAUCCACCAACAUCAGUGGCAUGCUCCCUCCGUCCUGUAUACCAGAAAAGAUGCCACCUCUCGGACUACUUGCAGACAACUCCAUGGACUUCAUGUAAGAGUCAUCAGAUUAAUACAAAACGACCAGCAGCUCUUCUCGUCUAAAUACUCUCCCACAUAGCAAACACACAUUUGGACAAGGAGACCAUGGAUGUAUGCAACAGGAAGCAUGGACAGGGCAGCGGGGACCUUAUUUUUAUACAGCCAACAAAAAUGGGACCGGUCUGGAACUACUUUCUCUUACUUUUUCUGUCAACACAAUCAUAGAUCUGCACAGCCAGAAUUGCCUUAAUUUAUCAUAUCUCUGUUUGAAAUCACGUUCAAGCUGAGCUAGAGAGAGUUUGAGUCACCGAGGUGGGACAGCAUCACCGUAUCCCUCAGCCCUGAGACUUAUAAGUCAUACUCAUGCACUGAUUUCGGUAGCCAUGUUGUGAUGUUCAUUUUGUCCUCUUCAGCACUGAUCAAAGCCUUGGGCAGUGCUCUGUAUGUCAAAAUACAGGUAUCAAUAGCCUCUUAUUGUAAAGCAUUUGAUUGGUCUUUGUGUCAUCUGAUGCCUACCUGUGGAUGCAGAUCUUGAGUUGAAAAUGUGGGCAAUGUUCAGGAGUCACAAGUUUAGCCCCUGUGGUUAUCCAAAUUACUUACUUUUUUGAACAUUCCCCAAUUCAGAAACUCUGAUGUGUUCCAUAAAAUGCCUGUCUAAGUGUGCGUGAAACAUGUAGGCAAAGGAGAAAUAGAUGCAACGUUGCAGUCAUGUUGUGUGGAUGAUUUACUGUAAAUAAUGUUUUCCCAGCGCUUAUUUUGUCCUCAAAACGAGAGGGCAAAUUUUCAUUUUGUACUUACUAUAUAUUCUCUGCCUCAGUAUUUGUAACAACAGUGAUGGGGUCAAUAAAGUUUGUUUUGUUGA